AUGGGGACAGGAGCCGGAGCUGGAGCCGGAACCGAGGCGGUUGCAGAGGCCGGGAGAGACACUGACUCCGGGGCUGGGGCCGACGAGGGAGCUGGAGCUGACACAGAAGGUGCAAUAGAAGCUGUGACCGGGUUGGGAGCAGAUGCAGCAGAUGGACCUUCCCGCGGCGCAGGGGUUGCUUUGGUCUCGGCGAUCGGAGCAGGCACGGCGGCAGUCGAGGGCGGCGGGACGAAGCUGUUCCGCGAGGCCAAGACGUGGGUCUACAAGUACCCCGAGGAAAGCAAGGUGUUGCUGCGCAAGAUGGCCGCCAUCUGCGUCGAGUACCUCGCCUUGCAGGUCGCCGCGGGGGCGCAGAUUGUGCAGGUCUUCGACUUAGUGUUAUAA